GGUGUCGGCCGCGCCGAGCCGCGUCAGCCGUCAGUUGGCGCGCGGACGGCGACGGGCGAGGUGCGAGCGGCGCUCGUAGUGAGAGUCUGCCGAGAGUAUCGCGCCACACGCGUCUUAAUAAGUGACAGUGCUAGUCCACGUAUCCCUCAAUGAAAACAUGACGACAUCCUUAAACUAAAAUUUGUGAAAAUAAGAAAGAAGCGAGGCGAGUCUUGUUACAACUGCCGAGACGUUUCGCUCCACAGUUAUCACUCCUGCAGUCGCCCUGUUGCAUCUCGUGCGGCGUACGAACUUGCGCAGAGCGCACGAUUCAGAUUACAUCUGGAAUUAAUUUCCUCUGCGAAGGUGUGAGAUGUGAAAAAAGGUGAGGUCAAAGGAGUCCACAAGGCAGUGCGUCGGUGCGCGGAGCAGCAUGGAUGAUCUGGAACGAAUAGCGCGCGACCGAGCCGCCUGCGACGCCAAGAACAACGAAACCGCGCCGCCGGACGGUAUUUACUGCGAGGGAACGUUCGACACGUGGUUGUGCUGGCCCCACACUCUCGCAGACACAAUAACAUAUGCGCCCUGUCCUGACUUCGUUCCCGGAUUUAGUACCGACUUGUUUGCUCACAAAGAAUGUACUGCAAAUGGUACUUGGUGGCAACACCCGCUGUCCGGACAGCCGUGGUCGAACUAUACGACGUGUGUCAAGCCUGAGGAUGACGUCAGUGACAUCAUAGUCGUGUACGAGACGGGGUACAGCGUGUCGCUCGUGGCGCUACUGCUGUCCUUGGGAAUACUUUCAUAUUUCAAGAGUCUGCGCUGUGCACGAAUUACCGUGCAUAUGAACCUCUUUGCAUCUUUCGCACUCAACAACGCUCUCUGGCUAAUCUGGUACAGAGUGGUCGUGCGCUCGCCGGUCACUGUGAGGGAAUCUCCGGUGUGGUGUCAAGUACUCAACGCAACUCUGCAGUACGCGCUGCUGACUAAUUACACGUGGAUGCUGUGCGAGGGGCUGUACCUGCAUACCGUGCUGGUCAGUGCGUUCGUGUCAGAGAGACGCCUGGUUCGUGCGCUCCUGGUGGCGGGCUGGAUGCUUCCCGUGCCGUCGGCCAUCAUCAACGCUGUACGUCGUGGCAUCGCCAAUGAACCAUUCUGCUGGGCCGAUGAUGGAGCGCCUCGUCUUGAGCUGGCAAUUCUCGUUUGCGCGGCUGUACUCCUCAAUUUGGCUUUUCUUUGCAAUAUUGUGAGAGUUCUUUGCACUAAGCUGCGGGCGGGGGGCGGAGCAGGCGUAGCGAGACCUUCAGCUACUGUACUGCAUGCUCUUCGUGCUACGUGCUUGUUGGCACCUCUCCUCGGCCUCCAAUAUUUACUGACGCCCUUCCGACCGCCUCGAACGGCCAGUUGGUGGUUGGUCUAUGAAUAUGUAUCGGCGUUGACAACCUCGCUGCAAGGGCUGUGCGUGGCCAUACUCUACUGCUUCUGCAACGGAGAGGUGCUUGCGCAACUUCGUCGUCGCUGGCGGGUGCUCACUUUUCGUCCGAGAGCGAAUUCCACAACGAAUACCACAGUUUCGUUCGUACGAUCUGCCGGCGCGGGCGCGGGCGAGGAGAAGGUGUGA